UGAAUCCCUUAUUUAUUAUCGGCCAUAAACGGAAGCUUGAAGAAGAUGAUAUGUAUAAAGUGAUGCCAGAAGAUUCCUCAGAGAAGCUUGGAGAGGAGUUGCAGUGGUACUGGGAUAAAGAGGUGCAAAAAGCAAAAAAGAGAGGAAAAACACCACAUUUAACAAAAGCCAUUAUUCUGUGUUACUGGAAAUCCUAUUUAGUUUUUGGAAUAUUCACAAUGAUUGAGGAAACCCUCAAAAUAGUUCAACCAAUUAUUCUGGGGAAAAUUAUUGAAUUUUUUGAAAAUUCUCAAAAAGAGGAAGAUUUGAGUUAUGCAUAUUACUGCGCAGGUGCUCUGUCUGUGUGCACGCUUAUUCUGGCUAUAAUGCACCACUUAUACUUCUAUCAUGUACAGAGGGCUGGCAUGAAGCUGAGGGUAGCUAUGUGCCACAUGAUUUAUCGGAAGGCACUUCGUCUCAGUAAUGUAGCUAUGGCGAAAACUACCACUGGUCAAAUAGUAAACCUGCUGUCAAACGACGUGAACAAAUUUGAUCAAGUAACAAUUUUCUUGCACUUCUUGUGGGCUGGACCACUUCAGGCUGUAGCAGUAACAGUACUUCUCUGGACACAAAUAGGCCCAUCAUGUCUCGCAGGAAUGGCAGUUCUGAUUAUUCUUCUCCCUGUGCAGACCUGCAUUGGGAGGCUUUUUUCUUCCCUCAGAAGCAAGACAGCUGCCUUAACAGAUGUCAGGAUUAGGACCAUGAAUGAAGUGAUAAGCGGUAUGAAGAUAAUAAAGAUGUACGCUUGGGAAAAAUCAUUUGCGGAACUUGUGAAUGGUUUAAGAAGGAAGGAGAUUGCCAUGGUUAUGAAAAGCUCCUACCUCCGAGGACUGAACUUAGCCUCGUUCUUUGUGGCAAGCAAAAUAACAGUGUUCAUGACUUUCAUGGCAUAUGUACUACUUGGUGAAUUAAUCUCUGCAAGCAAGGUGUUUGUGGCAGUGUCCCUCUACGGAGCAGUGAGACUCACAGUGACCCUGUUCUUCCCUUCAGCUGUGGAGAGAGUGUCCGAGUCGGUGAUCAGCAUCCGAAGAAUCAAGAACUUCCUGAUGCUUGAUGAAGUCUCACACUUCAAGCCACAACUGCAUGGCAGUAAUGAAAAUAUCAUUCUUCAUGUUCAGGAUUUGACUUGCUAUUGGGAUAAGAGUUUAGAAACCCCAGCACUUCAACAAAUUUCAUUUACUGUCAGACGAGGGGAAUUACUGGCUGUGAUUGGUCCUGUAGGAGCUGGAAAAUCUUCGCUCCUAAGUGCCGUGCUUGGUGAACUGCCUAAAGACAAAGGUUUGAUAAAUGUUACUGGAAGAAUUGCCUACGUUUCACAGCAGCCUUGGGUGUUUUCUGGCACUGUAAGAAGUAAUAUACUGUUUGACAAGGAAUACGAGAAAGAAAAAUAUGAGAAUGUUUUAAAAGUCUGUGCUCUUAAAAAGGACUUGGAAUUACUGGCGAAUGGUGACCUAACAGUAAUAGGAGAUCGUGGAGCCACUCUGAGUGGGGGACAGAAGGCCCGUGUAAAUCUGGCCAGAGCCGUGUAUCAAGAUGCAGACAUCUAUCUUUUGGAUGAUCCACUGAGUGCAGUAGAUGCUGAAGUUGGAAGACAUUUGUUUGAAAAAUGUAUUUGUCAGGCCUUACAUCAGAAGAUUUCUGUUUUGGUCACUCACCAGUUGCAAUAUCUCCGUGCUGCAAAUCAGAUUCUAAUUUUAAAGGAUGGUAAAAUGGUGGGGAAAGGUACCUAUGCAGAGUUCCUGAGAUCUGGCAUCGACUUUGCUUCCCUUUUGAAAAAAGAUGAGGAGGUGGUAGAACAGCCAUCAGUUCCAGGAACGCCCAACCUGAAGGCUGCCCGGAACCGAACCUUCUCGGAGUCCUCUGUCUUGUCCCAGGAUUCGUCUGUCCACUCACAGAAAGAUGGAGCCGUGGAACAACCACCUGGUGAAAAUGCACUGGCUGCAGUUCCAGAAGAGAGUCGCCAUGAGGGAAAAAUAGGCUUUAAAGUUUACAGAAAAUAUUUCACUGCAGGAGCAAACUACUUUGUGAUUUUUAUACUCUUAGUACUUAAUAUUUUGGCACAGGUGGCCUAUGUGCUCCAGGACUGGUGGCUUUCUUACUGGGCAAAUAAUCAAAAAAAGUUGAAUCUCUCAACAAAUGGAAAUAAUGGAACGAAUGCGACCGGACCUCUAGACCUUAACUUUUAUUUGGGAAUUUAUGCAGGUUUAACAGUGGCUACAAUACUAUUUGGCAUAAUAAGAAGUCUUCUGGUGUUUCAAGUUCUGGUUAAUUCUGGUCAGAAUUUGCACAACAAAAUGUUUCAAUCCAUUCUGAAAGCUCCUGUCUUGUUUUUUGACAGAAAUCCUAUAGGAAGAAUCUUAAAUCGUUUCUCCAAAGAUAUUGGCCACUUGGAUGACUUGCUUCCAUUGACGUUCUUGGACUUCGUACAGACUCUCCUACAGAUUUUUGGUGUGGUGGCUGUGGCUGUGGCAGUGAUUCCUUGGAUACUCAUCCCCUUAAUUCCACUAUUUAUUAUUUUCAUUUUUCUUCGACGAUAUUUCUUAGACACUUCAAGAGAUAUUAAACGUCUAGAAUCCACAACUCGAAGUCCAGUGUUCUCCCACUUGUCAUCAUCCCUCCAGGGUCUUUGGACUAUUCGGGCUUUGAAAGCAGAGGAAAGAUUUCAAAAAUUAUUUGAUGCACACCAAGACCUCCACUCAGAGGCCUGGUUUCUCUUCUUGACAACCUCAAGGUGGUUUGCUGUGCGUCUGGAUGCCAUCUGUGCCAUUUUUGUUAUAGUGGUUGCUUUUGGUUCCCUGCUUCUCGCCAAGACUCUGAGUGCGGGGCAGGUUGGUUUGGCACUCUCCUAUGCAAUCACCCUCAUGGGAUCGUUCCAGUGGGGUGUUAGACAAAGUGCUGAAGUUGAAAACCUGAUGAUAUCAGUAGAGAGAGUGAUGGAAUACACAGAACUUGAAAAAGAAGCUCCUUGGGAGACCAACAAACAUCCACCACCAGAAUGGCCUAACCAAGGAAUGAUAGCAUUUGAGAAUGUUAACUUCACUUACAGUCUAGACGGACCAUUGGUUUUAAGACAUUUGUCUGUUGUAAUUGAACCAAAAGAAAAGGUUGGAAUAGUGGGAAGAACCGGAGCUGGGAAAAGCUCUCUGAUAGCAGCCCUCUUUCGCUUGGCGGAACCUGAAGGAAGGAUUUGGAUUGAUAAGUACUUGACAUCAGAGCUGGGACUCCAUGACUUGCGGAAGAAAAUUUCAAUUAUACCUCAAGAGCCUGUUUUAUUCACUGGAACUAUGAGGAAAAACUUAGAUCCUUUCAAUGAAUACACUGAUGAAGAGCUGUGGAACGCCUUAGAAGAGGUGCAACUGAAGGAGGUUGUGGAAGAUCUACCCAACAAAUUGGAGACACAGCUGGCAGAAUCUGGAUCUAAUUUUAGUGUUGGUCAGAGACAGCUGGUGUGUCUUGCCAGAGCAGUUCUAAAAAAAAACCGUAUUCUUAUCAUUGAUGAAGCAACAGCAAAUGUGGACCCAAGAACAGAUGAGUUCAUUCAAAAGACGAUCCGUGAAACCUUUGCUCACUGCACAGUGCUGACCAUUGCACACCGCUUGAACACCAUUAUUGACAGUGAUAGGAUUAUGGUUUUAGAUGCGGGAAGACUGAAAGAAUAUGGUGAGCCUUACAUUUUGCUGCAAGAACAAGACAGCUUGUUUUACAAAAUGGUGCAACAAGUGGGCAAGACUGAAGCGGCUUCUCUGAUUGAAACAGCAAAACGGAUAUACUUCAGUAAGAAUUACCCGGAAGUUGUUCAGAAUGGUCAGCUUGCCACAGACUCCUCCUUGGAUCCUUCCUCAGGAUUAUGCAUAACUGAAACUGCACUGUGAUUCCUCAUUGCCUUAACUGUUCUCCUUAGAAUGUAAACCUGAGACCUCCUAAAUUCAGUGACAGCAUUUGCAAGUGUCAACAGGCGAGGAAAGGGAGGGAGGG